AUGUCAACAUCAACAAAUGAGCCUGCAUCCUCAGGACCGAUCGAAAUAAUAGACGGAGAUGUGAAGGAUCUCAAUCAUGUUGCGCCCGACAAUGCGGUGACAGCAGUAAAGAAAAGCAAGGAACCACCUACUGAGAAACCAGAAAGCAUUCGUAUGCGAGCACAAGUUAUUCUUUCAUUCUGGGCUAUCGUUUUAUUGUUUGGUUUGCCAAUAUGGUGGAAAACAACUACGAUCUACAGAGCACCAUUACCUUUAGAUCAAAUGACGGAUUGGGCUGAAGGAAGAUCAUGCCGACCAGUCUUUCCACUUACAAUUUCAAUAGAAGCUGAAUCAUUACAAGAGAUUGAAGCUCAAAACCUCUUACGAACUACACAACAUGCUCUAGAUGAUUUAAAUGAUUUCUCAGCACAUCAUCUACGAUUACAACUUUCCCCGCCCGUCAAUGCUUCUGCGACUGCGAAUGGGUUCUCUACUGGAGGCAUGGGAGAUGAGGUUGCUUUGACUAUUAGACUUUUACCUGGAACAGCAUCACAAUCCAACUUGCAAGCAUAUGCACCUAUUUUAGAUAUAUAUUAUACCCCGAAUCAGAUCCCUUCGAGCUCAUCCUCAUCAUCUUCAUUGGCGACCUAUAUUGCGAAUACAUUAAGGGGCGUGUUUGCCGAAGAGCAAGCUAUGAUUGCAUAUUUACUCUCAACCAGUUCCGCCCCACCAGAAAGAAGUCCAAAGGCGUUGGCGCCAGAAGUGGCGGAUACCUUGGUCAAAUGGACAACACGAUCAUUGAGAUAUUCCGGAACGUAUCACUUAACCUUCUCUCUUUUUACCCCAACCGCCACUCCGUCUUCUUGGGACAUCGAGGCUGCAUUAGAAGAACAUAUGGAACCAUUACUUGAAAGCUUCACUGCAAUCAACAAUUUCACAAUCGAUACCCAAGUCCAGCUAUACGCCACACCAGGCGUCAGCGGAGACGUCUUACGAAAAGAAGAUCUGAGCGGAUUCAUCAAUGCCGCGGAAUGGCCCCUAAGUCCCAGUAUCGGCGGCGCCCCCACUAUAAACUUCAUUCUCUACGUAGGCGACAUGGAGGUAGAAGGCGGCGGCAAAAGCUGGCUAAUCCCCCAAUGGGGAGGCGUCGUAAUCCAAUCCGACAUCUCCGAUUUACGCCCCGCCAUGCUCACUUUCUCCACUCAAUUAAUGUCUCUAAUGGGCGCUCCCGAAACCGGGUCACUUCCCCUCCGCUUAAUGACACUAGUGCGCGUCCGUAGCGCGGGACUUUUGCUAAAAGCAAGCGGUACAUUAGGAAGCCUAGCGCGCUUGAGCAAAGCGCUUCCGUCAAUUAGUAUACCGGAAUCGGUGCAAGACGGUGUCUACACGACGAUUGAACAUUUGAGAAAGGCAUGUGAUGGCUUAGGAGGAAAAGAAGGAUUGGAAAAUGCACGCAUUGCGGAAGAGGCGGCCGAGAAGGCAUUUUUUGAGAAAAGUAUGGUGGGACAGGUGUAUUUCCCGGAUGAACAUAAAGUGGCGGUUUAUUUGCCGUUGUUGGGACCGGUGGGUGUACCACUGGUCAUGGGCGUGCUGAAAGAAGUCAAGGCGUGGAGGAAGAGGGGAAUGAUGACUAAUUAG